UUUCCCCCUUUACUGUGCUCCCAGCCCAUCAUACUAUCAUAGAUUAUAGAUUUGCACACACUUGCAUAAAUAGACCCUUGCCAUCUGGUUUUUAUUUAUAUAAUAUACAUACACACUACAACGUGGGAUAAAUCAGUAAUAAAUAUUGCUAUAAAAUUGUCACGAUAAUAAUUAAAAAUGGGAAAAAAGGGUAAAUCAAAAGGUAAUGGUGGUGGUAGUCUUGGUCGUGCUUUAUUGAAAGAUCGUUUUGGUUCAGCAAGAUCUAAACAUCGUUCAAAGGAUCCAUCAAUGCUUCAUACUGCUGAUAUUAAUGAUGGCUAUGAUUGGAGCACAAAAUUAACAUCAGUUACUGAGCAAGAUUCAAUGAAUGAAUUUUUAGCAACAGCACAAUUAAAAGGUACUGAUUUUCAAGCUGAAAAAUUAAAUAUAAGAUAUGUUAAUCCACAAAGUAGAAUUGGAUUAUUAACUGAUGAUGAGAGAAAAUCACUUCAAGAACAACAUCGUUCAAAGCAAGAUUUACUAAAAAUACCAAGAAGACCAAAAUGGGAUGCAGAUACAACAGCUUAUCAAUUAAAAACAAAUGAAGAUUUAUCAUUUGCCAAAUGGCGGGCUGAAUUAAAUAUUCUUCAAGAAGUUGAAAAUUUAACAUUAACACCAUAUGAAAAAAAUCUUGAAUUUUGGCGACAAUUAUGGAGAGUAGUUGAACGUAGUGAUGUUAUUGUUCAAAUUGUUGAUGCAAGAAAUCCACUAUUAUUUCGUUGUGAGGAUUUAGAAAAAUAUGUCAAAGAAGUUGAUGAUACAAAAACAAAUUUAAUACUUGUUAAUAAAUCUGAUUUUUUGACUGAAGAACAGAGACAAAUUUGGGCUAAUUAUUUUACUGAAAUUGGUGUUCAAGUUGCAUUUUUUUCUGCUCUUGAUACAACUGAAGAAGAUGAAAAAACUAUAAAAGAACAAGAUGAAGAUGAAGAAGAAGAAGAAGAUGAUGAUGAUGAUGAUGAUGAUGAUGAUGAAGAUGAUGAAUCAGAAAGUGAAGAUUCUGAUAGUAAAUAUGAAAGUGCUGAAGAAAAUGUAGAUGAGAAAGAAGAUGAAAAAAAAAAUAAUGAUCAUGUUGUUGUUGAUAAUGAUGGUGAUGAUGAUAAAGAAAAAGAAAAAGAAAAAGAUGAAUCAAUUGGAAAAUUUGAACACAAUUCACCAGAAAUAUUAUCAAGAACUCGUCUUAUUGAAUUUUUUAAAUCAAUGGGAACAAAUAGAAAUACAUAUACACCAGGUGUUACAACAAUUGGUCUUGUUGGUUAUCCAAAUGUCGGUAAAAGUUCAACAAUAAAUGCAAUAUUUACUGAAAAAAAAGUAUCUGUAUCAGCAACACCAGGAAAAACAAAACAUUUUCAAACAUUAUUUGUUGAUAAAGAAUUGUUACUUUGUGAUUGUCCUGGUUUAGUAAUGCCAAGUUUUGUUUGUACAAAAGCUGAAAUGGUAUUAAAUGGUAUAUUGCCAAUUGAUCAGCUGAGAGAUCAUGUACCAUCUGUAACACUAUUGGGUACAUUGAUACCACGUCAUAUUCUUGAGGAUGUAUAUGGUAUUAUGUUGCCAAUGCCAUUAGAUGGUGAGGAUCAAAAUCGUCCACCAACAUCAGAAGAAAUAUUAAAUACAUGGGGAUAUAAUCGUGGUUUUAUGACACAAAAUGGACAACCAGAUAAUCCAAGAUCAGCAAGAUAUGUUUUAAAAGAUUUUGUCAAUGGUAAAUUAUUGUAUGCUGUUGCUCCACCUAAUUAUGAUCAAAAUAAAUAUCAUACAUUUCCACCAAGACAUAAAACAGUAUCUGAAAAACAUGUUUUACCAGCUCGACAAUUGAGAGCAAAUCGUGGUGUUGUCUACACAAAUGAAGACAUGAAUCGUAAUUUUUUCCAUUCAAAUACUAGUGGAAUACAUGUCAGAGGUAAAAUACCAGCAAAUUUGAAUAUGAAAGCCACUGAUGGUCUUUAUGCAGAAUGGGGAGAAAAGAAAGUAAAGUUAAGAUAUGAAAGGAAACAAAAUAAUAUAAAAUCACGAAAACGUAAUGCUCAUUUGGAUCAACAUUAGUUGAAAUAAUAUUUACCUAAAAUUUUUUUCUUUUUUUUUUUCUAUUGUUUUUUGAAAUAACUAUGUAUAUGUAUAUCCAUAACUUUUACUUUUAAUUAUUAAAAAUUUCUUUAAUAAUAAUAAUU